AUGGAUAUAGACCAGACCGCCGGGAGGCAUGAUGAUGCUUCAGGACCAGAGGGAUCAAAUAACGAGUUAGAAAACUCUGAUCAGGCUCCGCUGAACGCAGAACAUCGACGACAGAAGCAAAAUGCCAAAUUCAAGGCGCUUCUGUCCAGCAGAACUGAAACCAUUAUGACGGAGGAUAUCCAACGAGCAGCGAGAGCUAAGCACGAUAGUGAGCUGUCUAUGAAUAAUUUAAUUGACAAACAAGAUUUUACCUCUGUUAUCCAUGACCCAAGAGAGUAUCAGCUGGAACUUUUUGAGAAAGCAAAGACGGCGAAUACUAUUGCUGUACUGGAUACGGGAUCGGGCAAAACAUUGAUCGCAGUGCUUUUGCUUAAGCAAAUGAUUCAAAACGAAUUAGCUGAUCGAGCCAAUGGCAAACCACCUCGUAUAUCAUUCUUUCUGGUCGAUACCGUUACCCUAGUAUAUCAACAGGCCGCGGUUUUGAAAGCAAAUAUUGAUCAAAAUAUCGAUAAAUUCUGCGGAGCUAUGCAGACUGACUUAUGGAGCAAGGAUACCUGGGACAAGCAUUUCUCCAGGAAUAUGAUUAUUGUCUGUACCGCCGAAGUUCUACAUCAAUGUCUGCUCCGUUCGUUUAUCCAAAUGGAACGGAUCAAUCUUCUUAUUUUCGACGAGGCCCAUCAUGCUAAAAAGGACCACCCGUAUGCCAGGAUUAUCAAAGACUUCUAUUUGCAAAAGAUUGUAGUUCAAAACAGACCCAAGAUAUUUGGAAUGACGGCAUCGCCGGUUGACGCGAAGGUGGAUGUGGUAAAAGCUGCAAUGACUCUUGAGGCACUACUUGACAGUCAGAUUGCAACCGCGUCCAACCUAAAUGCUUUGCGGCAAGCGAUACCACGGCCAAAUGAGCAGAUGUGGGUAUAUGAUAGACUUGAUGACCCUUCCGAGACUGAGUUGUACAAAUCUAUGCAAUCACGUUUUGGCAGGAUCCGUGAACUAGAAAAGAUAUUCUCGUUUGCCUUGGAGGCAAGCUCGACACUGGGGAGAUGGUGUUCGGAUUGGCUGUGGACAUUCGCUCUGGACGAGGCAGAAUUGCCCAAGCUCGAAGGCAAGAUCUCUAAGAGCUACAUGCAGUCUAGGUCUGGAAAUCAGCUCAAAGGAGCUGACGAAGCGAUUGACCUUCUUCGAGAAGCUGCGCAGUUGAUCAAAAGUCACGCCUUUUAUACUCCGGUUGAUUGCACUGAACACCUGAGCUCGAAAGUGCGACUAUUGAGUCAUGAGCUUUCCAUGUACUUUGAACGGCACACGGACACGAAAUGUAUUGUAUUCAUACAGCAACGAUAUACAGCGAGGUUGUUAGCAGAACUGUUUUCUCGGAUCGGAACACAGCACAUGCGAACGGGGGUUCUCAUAGGGGUCCGACAUGACGGAAUUGGGGGCGCAAACUUCUCUUUCCGGCAGCAGUUUUUGACACUGUUGAAGUUUCGCAAAGGGGAGCUCAAUUGCCUGUUUGCAACCUCUGUUGCUGAAGAGGGACUGGAUAUACCAGAUUGCAACCUGGUUAUUAGGUUCGAUCUGAAUUCGACCAUGAUUCAGUAUGUCCAAAGCCGUGGACGAGCUCGACAUUCCCACUCUAUAUACGCGCAUAUGGUGGAACGAGAUAAUCUUAUACACUCAUCAAGUGUCGAGGAGGUCCAGCGAGCAGAGAAUAUCAUGCGGCGGUUCUGCGAAGCUCUCCCCGAAGACAGGAUUAUUCGAGGUAGUAGUGAUGAUUUAGGAAUGAUUCUGGAUAAUGAACGAUACCGUAAUUCUUUCACCAUCCACAGCACAGGCGCAAAGUUGACCUAUGAGUCUUCCCUUGCUGUCCUUGCACAUUACGCAAGCUCUCUGCAAUAUGAGAACGAUAUGUCGGCACAAGUGAAUUACUUUAUCGAGCGAAUUGACGGUGCCUUUGUUUGCGAAGCUAGUCUCCCUGAAAAAUCCCCUUUCCGGGGCAUGACGGGUAAACCGUCGGCACGGAAAUUGCAUGCCAAACAAUCUGCUGCUUUCGAAACAUGUUUGAUGCUUAGAAAGAAUGGGCUCCUCGAUGACCAUUUCGUGUCAAAGUAUCACAAGAGACUGCCGGCUAUGAGAAAUGCGAAAUUAGCCAUAAAAUCGAAGAAAGCAAAUCAAUAUGAUAUGAUUGUGAAGCCUAAGCUGUGGGAGAAUGCUCGUGGCACCAUUCCGAAGGAAAUAUAUGCCACUUUUUUGACCUUGAGGCCAACGGGCAAAUUACGGCGAGAAUACCACCCUCUCCUUUUGUUCACACGAGAUGCCCUUCCAAGGUUUCCCAAAUUCCCAUUGUAUCUUGAGGAUGACAUUGAAGUCGAUGUUAUUUCGGUUCCCCUGCGCACCUCGUUACGAGUCUCGGAAGCCGAGUUGGAUCUGCUCACUACUUUCACCCUCAGGAUAUUCCAAGAUCUCUUUCACAAAGUAUACGAAUAUCAACCGGCCAUGAUGACUUAUUGGCUUUGCCCGGUAAGGUUAAACUCUGGAGACACCGACAUCUCAGGAAAUGUGGAUCCCCGAGAACUUCUCGACGUAAGUAUUCUUCAGUAUGUGGAGCACAAUCCCGAGAUACGAUGGUUUCCCGGUAUGCCAACCAGCGCUGUGGAAAACCGAUUUCUUUUCGACAAAUGGGACGGCAGAUAUCGCUACUUCACGUCCACGGUGGAACCGAGCCUAAGCCCCUCAGAUCACCCUCCAGCAACGAUGGCGAAGAGAAGGUACAUGGAAAACAUAAUGAAUUAUUGUCUUAGUCUGUUUAAGAACUCCCGUCUAAAGUUUCUAGGAGAAUGCGACUGGAAGCAGCCAGUUUUUCGAGCUGAAUUGGUUCGACUUCGCCGAAAUCUUCUGGAUAGGGAGACAGAACAGGAAAAAGGGGAAGGAACGACCUAUUAUAUUUGCCCGGAACCUCUGAGGAUCUCAGCUUUGCCCGCCCCAGUUGCUGCGUUUGCCUUCGCUUUCCCGGCCAUCAUAAGUCGGCUAGAGUCCUACUUGAUUUCUCUAGAGGCAUGCGACAUGCUCCAUAUAAAUAUCAAAACGCAUCUCGCUCUGGAAGCCCUUACAAAGGACUCAGAUAACACCGAAGAGCACCGAGGGGAACAAAUUCAUUUCCAACGAGGCAUGGGUAAGAACUACGAACGGCUGGAGUUCCUUGGAGACUGUUUUCUGAAGAUGGCUACCUCCAUCUCGCUGUUUGCCAUGAACCCUGACAACGACGAAUAUGAUUUUCACGUUAAACGAAUGUGUCUGAUAUGCAAUCAGAAUCUGUUCAAUACUGCUGUUAGAAUUAAACUCUACGAGUUUAUCCGCACACAGGGGUUUUCCAGACGAAACUGGUACCCCGAGGGGAUUAAGCUCCUCCAAGGAAAAGCCAAAUCGGAAUCGCAAAACAAACAUUCUUUGGGCGACAAAACGAUCGCCGACAUUUGCGAGGCGCUGAUCGGCGCUUCUUUGUUAUCAGGAGGAAAGGCACAUCGGUUUGAUUCAGCAGUCAAAGCAGUAACUACAUUCGUGAACAGCGACGACCACCGAGCUUCGGAGUGGAAUUGUUAUGUCAACCUAUAUUCACUACCAGACUAUCAAAUCGCCCAAGCGGAUGCGGGUCAAUUGGAUUUGGCUAAGCAAAUUGGCGACCGCUUAGGAUAUCAGUUCCGGUACCCAAGGUUGCUCCGUUCCGCAUUCACACACGCUUCGUUCCCAUCAGCAUGGAGUAGAGUUCCAUGCUAUCAGCGUCUAGAGUUUUUAGGAGAUUCUUUACUCGAUAUGGUUUGUGUUGAAUAUCUGUAUCACCGUUAUCCAGAUCGGGAUCCUCAGUGGCUCACAGAACAUAAGAUGGCUAUGGUAUCAAAUAAGUUUCUGGGUGCAGUUGCUGUUAAGCUAGGGUUACAUAGACACCUUAUAUAUUUCAGCAACGCUCUUUUGGGCCAAAUCACUAGAUACGUGGAGGAGAUUGAACUUGCGGAGGCUGAUAGCAACAACUCCCCAGAUGCCUGGACCACAACGAGUGAUCCGCCAAAGUGCUUGCCGGAUAUGCUAGAGGCAUACAUUGGAGCGAUAUUUGUCGAUUCGAACUUCAAAUUUGAGGUGGUGGAGGAUUUCUUCCAGCAACACCUCAAACAGUACUUUGAGGAUAUGAGCAUUUACGACACCUUUGCAAACAAACACCCAACGACAUACUUUCACAACCGGCUAACGAUCGAUUUCGGAUGCACCAGCUACUGUUUGAAGGCCGGUGAGGUGCAAAUGGUGGAUGGCACAGAGCCACGAGUAUACGCAGCGGUUAUCGUCCACGACGAGUUUGUAGCCGAAGGUAUUGCUUCAUCUGUACGGUAUGCAAAGAUUAAAGCCAGCGAGGCUGCGCUUGCGAAAUUGGAAGGACUUGCUCCAUUCAAAUUCCGCGAAAUAUAUGGUUGUGAUUGUGUAGUCAACAAGGGGGAGGAGGAAAACUGCAGUCUCAAGAAUGUGAAGCCUAUAUGUGGAUAA